CUGCAGAGAUCCCUGGACAAGGGAGUUUAGUAACCGUCACUUGAAAUAUUAGUGUGUGAUAUUUAAAAUAAGUUCCAAAUAGGGUGAAAGAAACCAAAAUGAGACCGACAGCGAUUUUCACAGUGGUUGCGCUUGUGGUUGGAAUGGCCAGCGCACAACUACCAACCCCCGUCAACCUACAAGUUCCUUUACGAACAAACACGAUGGUCAGAGUAGAUUGGAGCCAGCCUGCCUCAGUAUCUUAUGCGAGAUUCGACGUAAAGAUCACACCGUUAGCUGUAAUCAACAAUCCUGAGACACCAAGCCAAACCAGCCGUACAUUUAGCGAACUAAGACCUGGGGUUCGAUACUCAGUGGAGCUAGUUGGUGUCACAGACGAUGGAAGGCGAUCAGCGCCCCUAAGGUUUCAUGUUUGGAGCGUCCCUGAGCAACCAAGUGAUCUUACAAUUCAACCAAUCAGUGAAAUCAACAUAGCGAUCCAACUCGCCGACUUUGAAGGAACUUAUUCGGUUGCCGUGGUUGGGAUGCAAGUCGAUUGGGAACCAGCUGCUGGAGACUCAGCUCUAUCCGGUUACGAUGUACAAAUCCGACCAAACGACGGAGUCAUGUUAUUCCCGCAAUCAAGUCUAACCGGUGAAGCUGACGAUACAAGCAGAAUAUUUACAGGACUAACUCCUGGUGAGGAAUACACGGUAUCUGUACGAACGAAGACAGGCCCACCAUACGACGCCAUUUACAGUCAACCUAUAACAAGAACUACUCGCAUACCACCAAAGGAGCCGUUCAGUGUUGAAGUAAAGGACGUUGGUACAACGCACGCUAGCUUGCAUACGUUGCCCCCAUUAGUUGGAGUCUACGACCCAGAGCUGUCUUUCGAGCUGACACCAAACCAUGGAACAGUCGGCUCGCCAAGCCCAGACCCUAUCUAUAGAAAGUUUGACGUUUACACAAUCACCGACCUUCGACCUGGUACUACAUACACGGCAGAUGUAUACACCAUGUCCGGUGGUGUUCCAAGUAUUAUACCGUACACAGUUACCUUCACAACAGCUCCGGCGGCCCCUCUCGCGCUCCAAGUUAUCAACUUUACCUCCAACUCUGUGGAACUCAGAUGGGACCAACCGCAUAAGUUUGCUGAAGGCCAAGAAAUUCAAUACAGGAUCGAAUACUCGGACGUGCUAUCAACAAGCGGCGAACGUUUGACCGAAACAGUGGGGGUUCAAUCCCCGGACUCGCUAGUUAACGUACGGAUCCAACGCUUAGAAUCAGGAGUGACUUACAAGUUCAACAUAACUACAAUCUUAAACGGGGUACCGGGCGUUCUACAAUCUCAAACAGUACAGGCUACAAUUCCACCAACCCCGGUCAUCAGCACUCUAACAAACGGUGAUGGGGGAUUAUAUUUAACGUUCGCUGCACCACCAACUGGUAGAUGCCCAAGAGUUAAAGUUUUCUUCAGCCCUGGAUUGAACGGAUCCUUAGUGACUCCAGUGUAUGGGAGGGUUACAGACACCAUAUUCCUUCCCGGUGCUCCAUGGAACCCCGCCUACUCAAUCCACGCACGAUGUGUGACAAAUAACUUAGAAGGGCCUGAAAGUACGAUCUUAUCAAGCCAGAACCCAGCUACUGGACCAAGGGAUACUGAGGAAGCCGUCCCUCUUGCUUGCUUAAGACGAGAUGGUUCUGGCCGAGCUUCGGGCAGAGAGAAAGUCAUACCAGAUGCCUGCUGUGCUGGACGACCAUACAGAUCACGAACCCACUCAUGUUGUGGAUCCUACCUUCUCAGGAUCGGUGGAAGGCGAAUGUGUUGUGGUGUCACUCCUUAUGUUCCGCCAACGAGGACUUGCUGUGACGGUGCAGUCGUCGCUACGUCAUGCCCAACAUCAUAAUGACGUCAUCAACUACGUCAUGAAGUCUGUAAUAUAAAUAGCUAAUAUACAAACCGGUGUAAAAAGCUGAUAAUGUGAACAAAUUUUAAUAAGUAGAAGAUUCGCUAAUAAAUUCAGUCGCUA